AUGCUUUAAUUCGCCUAAACCUCCUUUUCAAACUACGAGGAUUCAAUUUUAACAUCAGGAUUUUUAAUGACAGAGGAAUCAAUUAAUAUAAUAAAUUAGGAUUACAAAGACACUUAUGGUAUAGGAUUCUGGAGUAUGAGUAUUCCUUUACAAAUUCCAAAAAGAAAUUUUGAUAUUGAUAUUCCAUACGAUGACACUUAGCAAGAAACUGGAGAAAUGUUAUUGCUAGUAAAAGAUUCUGAUACAAAUGACUAUCUAUUUGUAGUUUCUAAGAUAUUAGAUUAUCCUAAUUAAUAGGUCUAACACAUGAUAAAAUUUUUCAACAAAAAUUCCCAUUUCAACUUUUUCUAUAACUUUAAUGCUUUAGAAUAUGAGGGAAUAUGGAUAUUUCAUUUGAUUUUAAUACAACCAAUAAAUGAAGUUGUUUUAGUGGAAGUCAGUAAUCAAAGUAAAUAAUCUCACAUUUUUGCCUCUGAAAUUUAAAAAAAUUUAAAAAUUUUUUAGGGAGGCAGAGGAUAGGUAAUGAUAUUUAACAAUAUUAGAUAAAUGACUAAAACUUAAAUACAUUUAGAGGAUUACUAUCAAAACUGAUAUUUUUACCCUAUUUAAGUUAUUCUGAAAAUUCAUUUCAAUAAAUUUAAUUAGAUAAUUAAAUUCCUCAGAAAUAUUAAACUGAACAAAAGAUCAAAAUUAUACCAGACUUACUAACAUUUGAUGGAUAUUCAACCAUAGAACUAGUUAUUAAUUAAUAUGGAAAAAGUUACUGUUUAUCAGGUUGGGUUAAAUAUAAUUUUUAGAAUAGCGAAGCAGACAAAUAUAUAUUAAUGAGAAUGACCGGUUUUAUAAAUUAUGAAGAUUAGAAAAAACUAGGAGAUGAUUUAUUUAGUGUUCAAGUGUUUUUUUCAAAAAUCCAACCCUAAAAAACUAAAAUUGUCGUACAUGCUGAUGCUUAUAGUAUGCCUAUUUAAUAAUCAUUUUAAUCCUAAUAUGAUUUAACACUUUAGGGAGUUUAAGAUGAGAAUUAUGAGGUAGUUUAGUCCACAAGAACAUUACAAUAUCAAGAGGAUUUUAGAUAUUAUGAAGGAUUAUAGCAAUGGCAUUUUGUCCAAUAUGAGUAUGGUAGAAGUAAUUUUGAUGAAAAAAUGCUUUUUUAAAUCCAAUUUUUUAACAAAUUGGGGUUGAUAAGAGAAUAACUAGGAAAUGACAUUUUUCGGGGUUCAUUUAUAAAUAGCUAAUUUAAUGUUUUUUUUGGUGGAGAUAAUUUUAAUCAUAAUUUUUUAUAGGCUCAAGUUUUUGAUUUUAAAAUUGAAUAUAAUUAUGAUAAAGAUAAAGUAUUACUUUUUAGUAUAAUUUUAUUGAUAAUUAGAUUGCCAUUAUUCUUGUUUAACAUGUAAAGGACCUUAGGAUACCGAUUGUCUUAGUUGUGGUGAAAAUACUAAUAGAUAUUUUUAGAGUGAGGUUUCUAUGUGUAAAUGUAACUAAGGAUAUUUUGAUUUUGGAUAGAUAAUUUGCACAGAUACAUAUUAUUCUUCAGUUUAACUUCAUGAAGUGGCAACUCAAAAUGCGAAUAUCUGCCCUCUUGGCUAUUUCAGACUUCCUAUUGAUAGCACUAAUUAUGAAUGCAAAUAGUGGUACUUAUUUAAUUAUAAAAAAUAGUCCUUAACAUAUGACAAAUUAGUUUAUUUUAUGCGCAGAGUGCUAUUUCUUUUAGAAAACCUGGUACUUGAAACCAGUUUGUAAAUAAGAUUUUAAAACUUUGAAAGAUUCUCAAGAUCAAGUAUUUCACUUAUUCACUAGAAAUAAAUUAGAAUAUGAUUUAUACUCCAUCAAUUUGGAAAGAGAAUUGAUUUUCCAUUCUGAAUUAGAGGAUUAUUGUGUUAAGAAUACUACAUCAAAAUAAUUUUGCUUCACAUUUCCCUACUACCAUUUAGGGAACUUAGCCUAAAUGUAAUGUAAAUCAAAUUACUUUAUUGACACAGACAAGUAUUAAUGUCGCUAAUAUAAAAAAAACUGCACAGUAUAUGACAAUAUUGGAAAUUGUUGGGGUUGUUUUCCAGGAAUGUACCUUUUUUGGAGGUCAUGUAUAGAAUGUCCAAUUGGAUGCUCUACAUGUGAGAACAAAUUUGGCUUUAUACCAUUCUGCUAAACUUGUUCAAAAUACUAUAGCUUAAUAGAUGAAUAAUGUAAAAUGUGUGGUGAUUAUUGCGAGAUUUGCGAGAGUUAUUAUGAUGAUUAUCUUGAAUAAAAGUAUUUAAGGUGUUUAAAAUGCAUAGAUGACUCAAAAUAUCACAUAUCCCUUGAUGGGAAAAAAUGUUUGUUAAAUUAGAUAUCGAAUUGUGUUCAUGCUUUUUAAGCUUUGCGAGAUGAUUUGACUGUAAAUACACUUGAUAUUAAAUUUAAACCAAAAUUCGAUUUAGAUUAGAUAGUAACAUUGUGUGCAAAAUGUGAAACUUCAUAUGUGUUUGUGUUUGAAAUUAAUUAAUGUGUUAAGGAUAUUACAGAAGAAGAUUGUCAGGUUGGUAUAGGAUAACUUAAAGAAGAUUAAUCUUUAAAAUCAAUUAUAUGUUUAAGUUCUACUAAAUAGACAAAUUAGGUAGUAUAAUUUACUGAAGGAUGCUAGAGUUAUAAUCGCUACUGUUAAGUUUGCUUGCAAACUGAUAUUCUUAAUGCUUUUGCUUGUUUAGACUGCAUCAACGGUUACUACUUAUAAAUACCUUCUGGUAAAUGUUUAGCAUGCCCACCAGAACUAAAAUGCAAGUCUUGCUAUUCAUAGCAUUCAAUCUUAAAAGAUCGAUGGAAAUUAUAGGUAAGAUCCUUUUAUAGAAAAUACAUUGAAAUAAAUGGUUUUCAUUAAUAUAUUGUUUAUGGUCAAAGUUAAAACUCAAAUGAUUAUGAGAUAAUAUGUUCUGCUUGUUUAGAUGGUUAUAAAUUGCAUAAUAAUGUAUGUCUAAAGUAUUGUUAAGAUGAUUGUUUAGAAUGCAUAUUUUCAAAUGAUAAAUAUAUUUGUAAUAAAUGCCCUUAGGAAUAAAGGGGAAGAAGAUUGACAUUAAUUGAUAAUAAAUGUGUAGAGUGUCCUGAAAAUUGUGCUCUUUGUAGGGUUAGAUCAAACGAAGAAAUCUAAUAAAUCAAUCCUCUAUUUAAAAAUCCAAAAUAUAAUAAAUAUACUUAUUAAUGCUUAAAAAGUUAUUAAGAUCAAAGCUACUAUUAUGAUGAAGAUUUUGGAUUAUUUGUUGAAUGUCAAAAAAAUGAUUAAGGCAAUGGAUGUUACAAAAAACUAAUUAUAUCUUUAUAUCUUUAUGGUGAUAAAUAGUAGUAUUAUGAUGACUUUUUCGGAUAACCAGAUGAAGAAUCUAUGAUUAAAUUUCAAAAGGAAAAUAUUUUACUUUUUGAUUUAUUAGAAUCUGAAUAUAGCAGUUUUAUGGAAGUAUAUAUAUUUUAAUAUUUUUAGUUUGAAAAUGAUGAGUUUUACACAUUAGCUAAUUCAAAAUUAAUUAAAACUAUUGUAAUUAAAUUAACGAGUAAAAGUGAAAUUAGUUACAAUAAUUUUGCUGGUGGCUAAAUCAAACAAACAUUUUAAGAGAACAUUUUUACUUUAAAGUAUUUAUAUAAAUUUUUCAAUUAGAGAUGUAGAAAUUGAAUUUAACUUUUAAUUUGAUACCAUUUUCAUUCUUCAUUCCGAUAUCGAAUUCAUCAAUUUUUCAAAAAUUACUCUAUCAAGUAUUACAUUAACAUCGAUUUCAAUCUCAAGGUUUAUAUUUAGAAGCUCUUUUCCAUAAACAAUACUUUUAGCAAAUAUUAAUUUUCUAAAAAAUGACUAUAUCAAUGAUCGUGAUUUUAAUUUUUCAUUUAAUUUUAAAAAUGUCACGUCUCUUUAGAUGAAUAAUUUGUACAUUUACAAUGUUUCAAUAAUUACCUAGGGUAGUUUUAUUAAUAUAGAGGAAACUAUCUAUCCGAAAAAACUAAUUUUUAGUAAUAUAACAUUAAGAAAAUGUAAAGUUGAAACGAGCUUUUUGGAUUUACAAUUAGGUGAAUAAGAUUAUGUUGAAAUAGAUACUGUAACUUUAAUUUCAAACUUUACUAAUUCAACAUUUAUAAAAGGUUCAUAAAGUAUUGAAAAUGGAAAGCUCAAAUUAUCAAAUUUAAUUCUGACUAGUUACAUAUCGAAUUCUUAAUAUUUAUUUGAUUUUGAAAAAAUGUUUCGUUUGGAAAUAAUUAAUUUAGAAAUAAUUUAAACCAUAUUAAUUAAUACAACAUUAAUUUUAUUGAAUCGAAAUAGUUAUUUAGAUAAUGUAAAGUUUAAAGAAUGCUAAUUUCUUACAAAAUCUAUUGGUAUUGAGAAUCAUAAUAAUUUCUUAUCUUAAAAUAUUACUUAAUAAUUUACAAGUCUACUUUUUGAAGAUAAUCAUUAUGAUAGCAUAAUCAAAUUUAUAUACCUAAAGAAAUAUUCAAGUUAAACAUAGAAUAUUACGCUAAAUUAUUUUAGCUAAAUCAACAACCACUAUAUUAAAGAUUCAAUAAAUGAAUAUAGAAAGUUAGUUGAUUUCUCAUUGAUUACCAUUUAAUAUGAUUAUGUGUCAAUAUCAAAUUUAGUUAUCGAACGUGGUUUUGGUCUUAAUGAUAUUACAAUUUAUGAUUGCUAGAAACUUAAAAUUGAAAACGGCAUUUUUAAACAAGAGAAAUAUCGAUUCUUAGGAUUGCAUAAAUUUCUUAGCUGUUAAUUGAAAUAAGUAUAAGCUCAAUAUUAUUCAACAACACUCAAGAUAUUUUCGUCUAAAGUAACAUAAUUGAAGAAUUUAACGUUCUCUAAAGUACUAUCUUACAACUUUCCCAUCAUAGCUAUUGAUUCUGCUGAUUAAAAGUUAACUAAUUAAAGUGAAACUAUUAUAUUCUAAGAUAUAUCGUUUAGUUCUAAUAUAAUUCUAUUGACUGAAAUUCUAUUUCAAACUUCUCUAAUAUCUAUAUAAUCAUAUCAGCAAAGUACUAUAUAGAUAAACAAUAUAACUUUCCUAAAUAAUGUUUUCCAUUAAUAUACUUAAUUCGAUUUCACAUAAACUGCAGGACUUUUAUUAAUUGAUUGUCCUUAUUGCCAAAUAUAUUUGAUGAAUUCAAACUUCUAAAAUAAUAUAGUAUUAAACAGCAUAUCUAGUAUAAUGAAUAUUAAAACUUAGAAGUUAUAAAUUAGCAAUUCCCUUUUUUACAACAAUAGUAUUUUCAGAUAUGAAAUUAUAUAACCUCAUAUAUAAUGGGGCUUUACUUCUUCGGUAUCAGAAUAUGUAAUCAAAUAAAUAUUUGAAUCAAAUUCUAAAUCUGGAGUUGGAGAAUUAUAGGCCGAAGAAAUUUUAAUUUAAAAUAACACUUUUAUUAAUUCAUCAGGAUCGAUUGGAGGAUGUUUCUCUAUUUUCUCAUAUGGUAGCACUGAUAUUUUGAUAAAAAAUAAUAGUUUUGAAGGAAUUUCUACUAAAUUCUUAAAUGAUUUGGAAUAUGGAGGUGCCAUUUAUAUAGAUGGAUCGUCUUCUUCGUCACUUAAUAUAGAACUUAAUAAUAACAUUGGCAAUAAAAUAUUUUGUAGGGGAUUUGGAGGAUUUAUCUAUUUAAAAUCAAUUACAUCUUAAUCAAAUUUAACAAUUAUAAACCUUCAUUUAGAGGAUAUAUUUGCUCAAUAAGGAUCUGCAAUCUAUGUUUCUUUUUCAAAAUUUGUGGAGAGUCCCCAAAUUUUAUUAGUUUAAAAAGUUUAGAUUUCUAGCACUUAAAUUGGCUAUUUAGAAUUCUUAAAUAAAUUUAAUGAAUUUUCUAGUCAAUAGGAAAUUUAAUAGUUAAUUAAUAAUAGAUCUCUUGUGUAUUUAGAAUUUGGAUCUUUAAUUUAAAUGAGUGAGAUUUAGACAAAUAAUUUAAUUUUAGAAUCAUUUUUGAUUUUAUAAGAAACCAAAUAUAUUUAUCUAUCUCAAAUAUAAAUUCAAAAUUCGUCUAUCAGUAAUAAAUUAAUAUCAGUAUUUUCAUUUACAAGUAAAUCAAUAUUUUAUUAAUUAAGCUACAAACCAAGAGAUAAUUAUCUAGAAUUCUGUGUUCAGAUCUAUUUAAAUUGGAUUUAACUUUACCAAUUAGACUAAUACAACCUGUAUCAAUAUAAAUCCAUAAUUGAAUGAUAUCAUGUAUUAAUGUCUUCAUGAUUUCAUACAGGCUCCUAUUUAAUUGAAUGUGAAUUAAUAAUCAGGAUAUUAUAAUUAAGCGUUUUGUGUAUUUUAAGAAAUCAUUAAAUAAAUAGAUUAUCAAAAUUCUGGAUUAAUUUUAUUUAAUAAUUUUACUAACCAAGAUAAAAUUUAAAUUAGCUCUCUCACUUUUGUUAAUAUAUUUUGCUCAAUAUGUGAAUAUGGACUAAUAUAUCUAUAAUUCUAGCCUUCAGAAUAUUUUAUUCAAUAAUAAUUGAUUACAUCUCUUGAGGUACGAAAUUGUUCUUGUGGUUAACAAGGAUGCCUAAAUAUUGUAAAAUUACCAAAUAAAGAUCGUAGGCUCCUCAAUUAAUUUGAACUUUAUUCUUUAAUUUAUGAGUUUAAAAUAAGGUACUAUAAUUGUUAACAUAAUAUUGCCACAUAAGGAACUUGUUUAAAAAUAAACUCACUCCAAACACUGUUAUAAAAUAGUCUGUUUUAAUACAAUGAAGCUGCUGAAGAAGGUGGAUCUAUUUAUAUAAAAGGAAAUAAAAAUUUAAUAAUUGAAGAUUGUGUCAUUCACUUCAAUAAGGGAUCCAUUGGUGGAGGGUUGUAUUUUUCAGACUAAGUUGCAAUGAAUUUAUUGAACAAUAAGACUAAAAUAAUAAAAAAUAUUGCUAGAAUAUAUGGUAAUAAUGUAGCAUCAAAUCCAUAAUAACUCUCAAUAUAAAUAAGAAAUGAUUCUUAAGUUUUAUCUGCAAAAACUAAAAUUUAAAAUUCGACUUUAAAAAUUCAAGAAAUAAAAUUAAACCCUUAUGUUGAUUUAAAUGGAUAAAUAGUAAAACAUAUUUAUUUGCCAACAGGACAGGAAAUAUCAUCUUAUAAAAUUUUUGAUUGGAAAAACAAACUAUAUUAUAAUUCAAAUAUGAUUUUCAGAAUUCUAGCUUUGGAUGGUGAUCUAAAUAGUGUUUAAUAACUAUAAAACUCUUAAUGUAUCAUAGAGAGUAGAAGAUUUAAUGAAUCAAACAAUGAGGAUUAAGACUUUACAAAUAAUUAUACUAGUAUUUAGUAAAUAAGUUUUAAUUAAGUUACAUAAAGUUAUAAUCUUGAUGAUUUAAUAGUUUAUUUCGAUAAUUCAGUUCCUAAAGAGAUUGUUCUUCAGUUAUAAUUUAGUUGCAAUUCAAUUAAGGUUCCUAUUUACAAUACAUAAUACCCUUAUUAAGUUAUUGAUUAUCACUCAAAUUAUAAACUUAGGGUUAAUAUAAAAACUUACUAGUGCCAAUUUGGAGAAAUAAAAAAUACAACUAGUUUUUCAUGUGAGACAUGUGACUCGGAUCAAGGGUUGUACUCCCUAACACUAAAUUCACAAAAAUGUGACAUUAAAGAUGAUUUGACAACUUUAAGUAUUAAAGACAAUCAAUUAAUAUUGAGAGCAGGGUAUUGGAGACCAUAUUUUGAUACAAAAGCAAUUAAUUAUUGCCUUAAUCUACAAGAAAAUUGUUUGGGUGGAAUAAAUGAAGGAGAUAAUUCCUGUUAUAUUGGUCAUAUCGGUGCACUUUGUGAAUAAUGUGAUCUAUAUAAUAUAAGAGGAAAUGGAUAAUAUUCUAUUGUUAAAAAAUUCACAUGCGGACCUUGUGUUGAAAAAGAGAAAAAUGUAUUUGUGAUUUUAGGAAUAAUUAUUUUGACCCUUAUAUUUCUAUUGAUUUCAAUAUAAGGAAAUAGGAAAACGAUGGAAGAAUUUACUAAAUCUUCAGUAUUUAAAAUUUAUAGAUAUUAAGUUUACUUGAACAAAAAUUAGUCUGGAACUUUGAUUAAGAUGUUAACUAAUUACUUUCAAAUUAUUGUAUCAAUUACUACAUUUUAAUUACAUUUUUCUGCAGGAUUGAAUAAUACCAUGAAUGUGGUUGGUAAUCCACUUCAAACUUCAUCAUAUUCUCUUGAUUGCUUCUUAGUUGAAUAUAAAGAUUUAUAAAUAGAAUAUGCUAGAAUGAUUUGGUAGAUAAUUUUACCUAUAUUGUAUAUUGUUGUUUUUAUAUGCUUUUACUUUCUAGCUAUUUUAAUAAAGAAAGAUAAAUUUAAUCCUAGUAUCGCCGCAACAGCUGCAAUUUACAUCUACAUCUAUGUAUAACCAAAUUUAAUUAAUGGAUUUAUUGAACUUCUUUCCUACAGAAAUAUAUCAGGUUUCAAAUGGAUUCAAGCUAAUGUAUCUAAAAGAUAUGAUACUACAACACAUACAAUGUGGAUGUUCGAAUUUUGUCUACCUUUUAUUAUAUUAAUCGCAAUCAUAAUUCCUUGUUUCUUUUUCUUUGGUCUUUACUCUAAUAAAAAUCAUUUUGAAAAGAAAAAAGUAAUGUCUCAUUGGGGUUAUUUAUAUAAUGAAUAUAAGAAGGAGGCUUAUUUUUGGGAAUUGAUUAAAAUUAUCUAAAAGGAAUUAAUUAUCCUUUCUCUUGUUUAUUAUGAAGAUACAGUUGUAGUGAAAGGAGUGCUUGUACUUUUUAUAACAUAUACUUAUUAAGAAUUAAAUGCUCUUUACCAACCCUAUCAAUUAAAUAAUCUAAAUUAAUUGGAUUAUUAUUCAGCAAAUAUCAGUAUGAUUACUAUCGGAUUAGCCAUAGGAACUUAUAUGUCCUAAUAAGUGCAUCUAGAAGAACUUCAGAUACCAUUCUUUUUUUUAAUGGCCUUAUAAAACUUGCUAUUUCUGGGCAAAAUUAUUAAAUAAAUCUUAUAGGAAUAUUCUAAAUAAUAUGAAGUUUUAUUGGAUAAAAUUAAAGAAAUGAUCAAAUAAAGAUUUCCAGAAAUCGAUGAAAAUCCAUUUAUGAAACGACUUUUCAAAAGUAGAGGAGAAUCAAGAAAAAAUGCUAUUUUGAGGUUUUCGAAAUUAAGAAAUUUUGGAAUUCCUUUAGCUUAGCAAAUUAUCUAAAUGAGAUAAGCAAACUUUGAUUAAAAUGCAAAAAAAAGAACAUCUACAUCAACAGCAUAGGAUGGGGGUUUUUAAAGCAAAAAGAAGGGGGUUUAUUAUCAGAAGAGUCUUCUUAAAAUUAAAUCUUUUGCAAAGAAAAUUUGA